AGAAGCCAAUAGUGCACCAAUAGAAAUACUUCCAAAACAAAAAAUAAAAUUUCGUGAAAUAAUAAAAGAAUAUCUAUUAGAAAACAUUUUUAAUGCAGAUGAGACAGAGCUAUUCUUUCGGAUAGCACCACAUCAAAUACUCUUAUCGCAACCACAAUCAGGAUAG